UCUUGUGUAGUGCUUGGCUGAGCCCCUCCUGAGUGCUCCCUGUGCAAACAACGAUGAUCACGUUCAUGAACAACUCGGACAGUGAGGAUGAGCCCUGUAAUGAGAGAACAUCUCUGAUGUCUGCAGAGAGCCCUCCAGUACCUUCCUACCAGGAUGGUCUGCAAGCCUCAGAAACAAGGGAAGCACAGACACAUAGGAAGAGGCAAACAGGUAGCAGCCGUAGCCCAAACAAUGUUGCUGAUGAGGAUGCGUCUGACUCGGAUGUUCGAGUGAGAGAGAGUGCCUUGGAAAACGAAGAGGAGGAACUGACUCUGAAAUAUGGAGCAAAGCAUGUAAUCAUGCUUUUUGUGCCUGUCACCCUUUGUAUGAUUGUUGUCGUCGCCACCAUAAAGUCAGUGCGCUUCUAUACGGAGAAAAACGGGCAGCUGAUCUACACCCCUUUCAGUGAGGACACCCCAUCUGUGGGCCAGCGUCUCUUGAACUCGGUGUUGAACACUAUCAUAAUGAUCAGCGUCAUCGUUGUAAUGACUGUGUUCUUAGUUGUGCUUUAUAAGUACCGCUGUUAUAAGUUCAUCCACGGUUGGCUAAUCCUGUCCUCUUUUAUGUUGCUGUUCCUCUUCACCUACAUAUAUCUCGGUGAAGUGUUGAAGACAUACAAUGUGGCCAUGGAUUACCCCACAGUUAUCUUAAUCAUCUGGAAUUUUGGAGCUGUUGGAAUGAUUUGCAUCCACUGGAAAGGUCCCUUGCAGCUCCAGCAAGCAUAUCUCAUUAUGAUCAGUGCUCUGAUGGCACUAGUUUUUAUUAAAUAUUUACCUGAGUGGUCAGCAUGGGUGAUUCUUGGUGCAAUCUCAAUUUAUGAUCUGAUUGCUGUUCUCUGUCCUAAGGGGCCACUGAGAAUGCUGGUAGAAACUGCACAGGAGAGAAACGAGCCUAUUUUUCCUGCAUUAAUAUAUUCCUCUGCCAUGAUGUGGACAGUUGGAAUGGCAAAACCAGACACAGCAGCAAAAGGACAAAGCCAACAGACAUGGAAUGCAGGAGAUGGGAGAGAGAACCACAGUAGCACCUCACAUUCAAACUCCCAGAUUUUGGACACAAGGAGCCCUCCUCCCAGCCAUCCCAUCACUUUAGAGGAAAUGGAAGAGGAGGAACGAGGUGUGAAACUGGGCCUUGGAGACUUCAUAUUUUACAGUGUGCUGGUUGGGAAAGCAGCUGCCACACCUAGUGGAGACUGGAAUACUACACUGGCCUGCUUUGUAGCCAUUCUCAUAGGUUUAUGCUUAACUCUCUUAUUACUGGCUGUUUUUAAGAAAGCACUACCUGCUCUUCCCAUCUCCAUCACCUUCGGCUUGAUCUUUUACUUCUCAACAGACAACCUUGUGCGACCGUUCAUGGACACCCUGGCCUCCCACCAGCUGUAUAUUUAGAAGAAGAGGGAGUUGAAGAAUUCUUUUUAAGCUUUGCAGUGAAGUAUGGUACACCGUUUGGAAUAAGUCAUAACGUUUUCACCUAGUGCCAUAUAUUUGUAAGGAAAACAGUAACUCUGUGACAUGAUGUGUACUAAAAAGCUAGCAACAUGUUAAGCUGAACUUUUUCACAGGACUCCUAACUCUCGGACUCCAAUGGAAAGCCUGGCUCAUUGCAGAUGUCAGAGCAUUACUGAAAUGUUAUUUAAUGUGCAAACUGGCUCUAAUGAGCAAGGAAAACAAAACCUAUAUGUAGUGUGGGGUACUGGAGAGAUGAAGGGUCUGAUCUGUGCUUCCAGAAGCUCAGGCGUUCUAGCCUUGGAAUUGCAGUCAAGUUUUGCUGUGCUCUGGAGUUGUUAGCAUUUCACACUUUUGAAGUGUUGUGUGCACGUGUAGUGAAAGUCAGUCUUGCUUGUAAUUAGAAAAGCACAGCAGUAUGCAGAGAGCAGUGUCACACCUCUCUGUGAGCACUACACUGAUGUGUGAUGCCGAACUUUAUGUUAGGCUGUGUAAUUGCCCCAGUUAUUUCUCUUUGUUCUGAGCCUAGUGAGACAUGGCUGCCAUGGUUCUAGAUGAGAUUUCAGCAGUAGGAUGUCUGAACAUCAGGCUUCUGUUUCUGAGUGCAUCCACCUGGGCAUCUAACAGCUGAAGACAGGGCUGACUGUUAAGCAGAUCGGAUCCUCAGCGUGGAAAUCUUUGCACAGCUCCCAGUAAAUCAGUUGACCUGUAACUUUUUGUGUGUAUCUUUGGUCUCAUUUCUGUACAUUGUCAUAACUAUUCCACAGGAGGACUUACCUUCCCUCUAUGAAGAGGUCCUUUGAUGCUGACUGAAGCUUGGUUUACCUAGUUUUUGGUACUGUUGUUUAAAGAGCUUUUAUUACAAAUUUUAAAAUAGCUAUUUAAUGUAAAAGGAACUCUUUUGAAAAUAGUGUCAUAAUUUGUAUCAAAAUACAGGGGUGCAAACACCAAUCUGCUGUGACAUUACAUAAGGCACCACUAAUGCUGGAAAUGUUGACACAGCCUCAAGUGACUUCAUUUAAAAAAAAAAAAAAA